AUGGCUUCCGAUUUCUCGACAGCGAUUCAGCCGCCUCCUGGCCCAGGUGUAGAGCUGGUACUGCCCAACCAAGCAGCCACCAACCCACAAAUAUUCAACGACGCUUUGAUCGUGCGAGUGCGGGUGUUUGUCGACGAGCAGAAUUGCACUGCUGAAGCUGAAAUUGACAGCGACGAUGCCCGCAGCUGGCACUUCGUAAUACAUAAUAAGUCCACAAGAGCCCCAGCUGCUGUGAUUAGACUGGUUCCCUUUCCACAUCCACCACAUGAGCUCCUCACACACCCAGACACUAUGACCUUGUCUUAUGAUUGGACCCAUGAGCCAUGUAUCAAAUUGACUCGUGUAGCGGUCAUGCCGGAAUAUCGAGGUCUAGGCUUAGGGCGCCGAUUGGUAGAAAUCGCGCUUACAUGGGCUCAAGAACAUGCAGCAGAGAUCGACCAGGCAGCGACUCAGUGGGCUAGUGAGUUGAACUGGACCGAUCCAGUGUCUAGCUGGAAGGGUCUGGUCCUCAUCCACGCGCAAGUGGAAGUGGAAAAAAUGUAUGAAAGGCUAGGUAUGUAA